CCUGCGAUUGGUUGAUUGGCUUUCUUUUUCGCCCUCGCUAGGGCUAGGUUCGCAUUCCGUCUUUCUUUCAUGCUAGAGGGAUAAUGGACUUGAUCUGGACAAAAGGCAUGUUUCCAAGACUAUUGAUAUUCCUGGUCGUUCUCUUCCUUGUGCAAGGAGAGCCAGACACAAACCCAUGUCUGAGUGACAAGGCGCAAAAGUCCUGUGGUGCCUGCAUUGCUACAGCUCCACAGUGUGGAUGGUGUUUGGCAGAGAACUAUGAAAAAGAGAACAAGCUUCGGUGUGAUAAAUUUGAAAACCAUGUUCAAGCAGGUGGUUGUGACCCAGAUUCUAUUGAGUCACCACAGGACAGACUUAGUCUGGUAGAGGACAAUAGUGUACAAGAUGGGGAGCGACCAGAGGAUGCUGUACAGAUACAACCUCAAAGGGUCCGAAUCAAGAUCCGUCCCAACAAGCCUGUGCGAGUGCCUAUCACCUUCAGGCAGGCAGAGAACUAUCCUGUGGACUUGUAUUACUUGAUGGAUCUCUCAAACUCCAUGGAGGACGACAAAGAUAAACUAGCUGAACUGGGCAACCUUAUAGCGGAACGCAUGUCAGCCAUCACCAAGAAUUUCCGCCUUGGCUUUGGCUCAUUUGUGGACAAAGUUGUCAUGCCAUACGUCAGUACUGUACCCAGAAAACUGCAGGUACCUUGUCACACAAGCCAAGUUCGCUGUGAGCCUCCUUAUGGCUUCAAAAAUCACCUUAGUCUGGAUUUGGACACUUCAAGAUUUGCUAAACAAGUGAUGGACGCACGAGUGUCGGGAAAUCUUGAUGCCCCUGAGGGUGGCUUUGACGCCAUAAUGCAGUCAGUCGUGUGUGAUAAGGUGAUUGGCUGGCGAGAAAUUUCCCGUCGCAUGCUUGUGUUUUCCACAGAUGCUGGCUUCCAUUAUGCUGGUGAUGGCAAACUUGGUGGCAUUGUACGACCCAAUGAUGGCACAUGUCACAUGGCUAACAACAUUUACACAGAAAGCUCCAACCAAGAUUAUCCAAGUGUCUCACAGAUUGCUGCCAAGCUUAAAGAACAUUCCGUCAGCAUCAUUUUUGCAGUCACGAAGGAUCAGUUUGCUGUGUAUGAAAAGCUCUCCAGAUACAUUGAGUCUUCUACCACAGGACAACUUGCAAAUGAUUCAUCAAACAUUGUGCGGCUAAUUGAGGAAAAUUAUGAUGUGAGUAUAAAAUUACAUUCUCGGGUGCAGCUGAAAGCUCAAAAUAUUGGCAAGAACAUCAGUGUCAGCUUUUUUUCUCGCUGCUUUGGGACAGCAGAGAAACAGACUGACCAUUGUGAGGGGAUCAAGAUUGGACAGAAUGUGACCUUUACUGCAGAGGUCACUGUAACUGAGUGCCCAAGGACAAGGCUAUGGAAGCAAGAGUUUAGUAUCUAUCCUGUUGGACUGGCAGAAAAACUUACCAUUGAUCUGGACAUCAUAUGUGAGUGUGAGUGCGAGAAGCCAGACCAAGAGGAGAUUAACAGCCCCAAAUGCUUUGAUGGCAAUGGUACAUAUGAAUGUGGCCAAUGCACAUGCAAUCCAGGUCGCUACGGCAAGAACUGUGAAUGUGAUGCAACCAAAGUCAGCUCUAAGGAGUCAGAUGCCAAGUGCAUUGGAGAGAAUUCAACAGUGCCAUGCUCUAACCGUGGUCAGUGUGUCUGUGGUGUAUGUGAGUGCAAAGAGCCUCGCUAUACUGGCCGGUAUUGCCAGUGCGAUGACUCAUCAUGUGACUACUCCGCAGGUGGACUGUGUGGGGGCCCAGACCGUGGCACAUGUGUGUGCGGAACUUGCCAGUGCAAGACAGGUUAUUCUGGAGAUGCGUGUGACUGCCAGACAAGCAAUACCAGCUGUAUUGCAAACAAUGGGUUGCUGUGCAGCGGCCAUGGCACUUGUAAAUGUGGGAAGUGUUCAUGUGAUGCUCAGUAUAUUGGGCCAACAUGUGAUGAUUGCCCUGCAUGCCCAGGUAAAUGUGAGGACAACCAGGCAUGUGUGCAGUGUGUGGCAUUCAAAUCUGGACAGUACUCUAGAGAAGAAUGCAACCAGAAAUGUCCCAGGGAUAGGAUCCAGGUUGUUGACAGCCUCCCGGAACGUGAAGGAGUACGCAAGUGCCAGUUUCGAGAUGACGAUGACUGUCUGUUUUAUUUCACCUAUCAGUACAUGCCUGAUGGACAGGUUCACAUCAAAGUGCAACAAACCAAAGUGUGUCCAGAGUCCGUCAAUGUGCUGGCCAUUGUAGGUGGCGUUGUUGGUGGUAUUGUGUUUGUUGGACUUGCUCUUCUUUUCAUCUGGAAGCUGUUGACCUUCCUCCAUGACCGACAUGAGUUUGCCAAAUUUGAGAAAGAACGACAGAAUGCCAAGUGGGACACUGGUGGCAACCCCAUCUACAAGCAAGCUACCUCAACCUUCUCUAACCCAACAUAUGCCGGCAAGCAAGGAUGAAAGGACAUGGCCAUAAACAGUUCUUGGCAUUGUCUUCUUGUAGUUCCUUGAGCACCGUGAACAAGACCAUUUUGUCUCUCUUACCUGAGAGAUCAUCAUACCAGGUUGUUUUGGGGUGGGUGGGGGUGAUGUUGGAGAAGGAAAAAAAGCAUAUACAAAGGUUGGCUGCAAGCUGGAAGAAAAAAGAUAAAAUAAUUAUUUCAUGAAAGUAUUUAGACACUGGUUGUGAGUAAAAUUCCCAAGGGAAAAAAGACAAAAAUUGGUUAAAGUACUGUUGUACUGCACGUAAGUAAGGGGAGGGGGCAUCUCAGAAAGGAACUCCUUUUAAAGCAAUAUCUUGCCGCCAGACUGUCUCAUUUUAUACCAGAUAACAAAACAUGAAGGUCUUCAUUUUUUUUUCCAUAUAAAAAAAUGUGAAAAUCUCAGUUGUAUGUAGAAAUGAAAUUGCUGUGAAAGUGGAGCAGAUUUUCUAGGCGCACAAACCUCUACAGCACUGCAUGCAUGUACUCGGUAGCAUUGAUUUUCACUUAAGUGGCUUUGAAAAUUCAUCUUGCAGUCAAUAUGCAGGGUUUUUGUAUGAUUGUACAGUCAGGUUGAGUGCUGUUAUUUUUAGUUCACAGUGCAGUGAAUUGAGAUGAACAUAGAUGUAGUUUUACAUGCACACAUCUAAAUGUUGUUUGGAAAGAAACUAAUAACUUUUAUAGAAAGCUGUAAUAUGUGAUUUCCUGUGUGUGUGUGUGUGCACACUUGCGUGCAUGUAUGAGAGGGUGAGAGAAAAAGAGUAAAUUCUCAAGGGCAUUUUUCUGUUCUUUGUACAAUGCAUAUACUGCUUGGGAGAAAGGUUGUCUUGGAAUGUCAAGACAUUUAUGCACAAUGUUUACUGGAGCAUAACUACAUGUGAUAGGUGAGGUGCCUUAACUAAUAAUAAUAAACCUACGAAAAGAGUGCAAUCUGUUGCCAAGUCCUUUGUCCAUGACCAUGCUACUGACUAGUAAACAUCACUGGGUACUUAAAAGGACUAUUUGUAUUUCACUUGUUGAAGAAUAUGUUGUCUUCAUAUAACAUGUUAGUGUAUUUGUAAAAAGUAUAUUCUUAACACAGGGAGUAUUUUCUCUUUUUAGAAGGAAUUUAUUGUCUGAAGAUUCUGAAAGUGUUCUUACCUAAAAUAAAAACACUGUCUAGCAAAUAUUAUUAAAAAAUUCUUUUUUAGCCACAAUACUGCUUGAAAAACAAGUUUUAGUUUAUUUUUCCUUCUUUCAAACUGAAAAAGAUUAAAACCAAAAGUAUUUCAGAAUGCGACUGCCUCUCUUGCUAUGAUAUAACCAUAGUUGCUGGCAUGGUGUAAAAAUCAGUCAAGAAUUAGUGAAACAUAUAGUAAGAAAGUUUGCUAGCAAAGUUCUGCACCAUGAUCUAUAAUACACACAGGUUCAUAUGAUUAUAGGUGACACUUCUAAACAACCGAUACUUUUUCUGCUGAAUAAAAAGUAGUCAAGUCUUUACAAGCACAGAUCUGGCAUAAAAGCACCAUUAGUUUAAUGAAAAAUACCAUGUUUUGCUACAUUUGGAUCAGUUUUUAUUUUCAUAUUGCUUCAGUAUUUCUGUAAACUUAAAUCUUUAUUGUGUUUUUUAUUUCAUUUCUUGUAUUUGUGCAAGUUGGCAUUCAGUUAUUUAGUUUUUUUGCAUGCUGAUUUUUUUUAAAAAUUUGAGCAGAAACUGCCAGCAUAUUCCCUAUUAUAUCAAAAGAGCUUAACAGUAAAGUAUUUUAAUUCCUUCUUAUAUGUACAUCAUAUUAAAAGAGUUUUUUUUAAGUUUCAUGCUUUUUUGGUUAUAUGUUCUCAUUUUGUGGACUAUGUCUCAGUUAUCUGUCCAUUUUAUAUGAUACAUAUAGUGUUUGAUAGAGGAGAGACCUACACAUUAAUUCAGAAAUCCUCUUUGCAGUUUACAAAUCUGACAUUGCAUAUUUCAGGCCAGUUAUGACACUUUACUUCCAUGGACAUCUGAAAAUGGAUCUGAUUAUCAUGUCACUUUCCAUCCAUUUGCAUUUCAUUGCUAACUUAUUGAAUGGUUGUACUUCUCAUUGAUGAAAUAUUUAGCACAUUUAUUGCAAGAAGACAUUUCUUGCUGCAGCUUUUGUAUUUUUAUGGUGGUGCUAUGGUUAAUUUGUCCUUGUGUACAUUUGCAUUAGUUUUUUAACCUGAAUAUACUCCUAAUAAUGUCAUACCAUGAGCUUUACAGCUAUACUAGAUUCUGGUAUUACAAAUACAGAGGUGUUUUCAGCAAAAUGAGUUUUUGUACCAAAGAAACACAAACAAGCAUUCUAACUUCCACCCAUGCAUUUUUUCUCUCUCUUUUCAUUGUACAUACUUAGGAAUUAAUUUUAGGCCACUUGGAGGUAGAUUGCUGAUGCUUAACACUGUUAAAGGAUAUUGAUUAUGAAAUCUGUGUAUAAAGUUUUUGAGUGCUAUUGAAAUGAUCCUAGUGAACUUAUAGUCAGUGUAGUCUAAACAUUAGUAGAUUUUAAUACCAUGGAAUUUUAUCUUGUUUUGUGACAAUUCCAAGGUGGCUGCUGCUUGUAAUGUGUGCCCCAAAAGGAGAUUUAUCAUGUAUUGAUUUGUGACAGAAAAAAAUACACAGCAAAUUUUCCAUAUGGCUUUCGAAGAUAAAUCAUGGCAUAAUCAUACGACCUUCAAGUCAGUCUUCCUAGAGGUAGACUAAUAGCAAAUUCAACCAAAAUAAUAUAGCGUUGAGAGCAGACCAGGUGAGCCACAGCCUCGUAGUUACCUGCAGAAAUCCAGGUUUCUGUAUAAAGUACUAAAAUCGCUAUUAUGCACUGGACAUUCUCCCAUGGUCCUCGAUACAAAGUAACACUAUGGAUUUGUUCAUGUGCACAUUCCAUAAAUUAUUAGAGAUGAAAAUAACUGAAUGGUCUAUCAUAGUAUGAACAGAGCCAUUUGAAUGUGUUAACAUUCUAUGCUAUCCAGGAUAGUUAUUACACAAGCAUCUGAUUUGAAUCUUCCUGAAGCUACAAAACUUGUUCUUUCCUUAAAAAUUCAGUUUUUUACAGCAUUUUUUAUCCCCUUCUCUUUUGCUCUGACAGCCUUUUGUAUAAAGGCAUCCAAUCUUUGGUUUAGAGCAAUCAGCUGCUCUAGGGCAGAAUGGAUUCACACACAAAGUGUGUAAAAUUAUAUAGAUGGUUAAAAGCAUCAAACCUUAAACAGCAAGGCAUUAUAAUUGCUACAAAAAAAAAUCAUGCAGAAUAUAAAAAUGGCUGACAUUUUCUGCAAGAACUGCCUGUUGUAGCUUCAUAUCAGUGGCAGAAAAAUAAAAGAAGUUGUAGUCAAAGCACAGUGUGCCCUUCUGUUUGCUCUUACAUGCCUAUGCUUUUUUUUUUUGUUUUUGGGUGUGAAUAGCUUGAUGUGUGAAUCAUGUAACAGCAAAAAAUUCAGUGCAAUUUUGAUUCUUCUCUCCUUUGAUUGAAUGAGCAAUGCAGAAAACUUUUCUACUUGUAAAGAUUUAUGGGAUGCAUACUGUGUAAGGUUAUAAAUAUGCUAAUCAAAUAUUGAAAUACUGACGUCUGAGAAGUUUUUGUUGGGGGUAGAGCUGCUUUAUUUGAUUCGUUUGCUCUCUCUACCCCAGCCUGUCCACACACUUGUUCUCUUGCAGAUUAUUCAGUCUGGCCAGAUGCAGAAAAGCAUGUGUGUUUGUUUCAGAAUGUGAUUUUUUUUUCUGGUAAGUGUUCUAUUAGAUCUGCUGUUGAAUUGGUGCUAGCUUUUGUCAUGACUAGUCUGUGCAGCAGGCUUCAACAAUCUUCAAAAUAUAAGAAUUUUUUUUGUUGCAUGUGGCAAACCUAAAACUACAGGAAUGAAAGUAUAUUAUGAUCAUGUCAUUGGAUCUUAUGUCAGAACACACAUGAAAUUUUUCAUUUUAAUGAGUUUUCACAGCAUUUUUUAUUUUGAUUAACUAUUUAUACUGUGCUGCUUUAUCAAAUGUCAACGGCAUUAUUAAAGUCUUCAAACUUA